AUGGACAUCCUGGGGAUUGUAGAUGUUCCACUGUAUGUCAUCCUGGUCCUAGCGGCUGCUGUGCUCCUGUAUAUAUACGGAACGUGGAACCACGCAUACUUCAAGAAGCGGGGCAUCCCUGGACCAACGCCCUAUCCACUUGUCGGGAACAUGACUGGCAUUGAGUUCUUCCAUACAAUGGCAACCUGGAGACAACAGUUUGGAAAUGUAUUCGAGAGUCUUCCAGGGUGCAGCGCCAUGUGUUGUUAUAUCUCACAGAGUCUUCCAGGGGCAGCUCCAUGUGUUGUUAUUAUCUCACAGAGUCUUCCAGGGGCAGCUCCAUGUGUUGUUAUAUCCGAUCUGGACAUUCUGAAGGAGGUCUUGGCCAAAAGUUCAAACGUUUUCAGAAACCGGAAGAAAUUUGCACUUGUACCCUACCCGUUCAGUUUGGGGUUGUUUUUCUUGGAUGAUGCUCCCUGGAAGAGAGUGAGAAGCAUCAUCACACCCACCUUCAGCAGCAGAAAACUAAGACAGAUGUGUAUCGCAAUCAAUGACUGUGCAGAGACCCUCACAAGCAACUUCUCCAAAGUCAUCGGGAAGCAGGAAGGGGUAAAUGUGAAACAGUACUUUGGAGCUUUUACUGUUGAUGUGAUUUCACGAACUGCCUUUGGUAUAAAGGUCGAUUCUCAAAAUGAUUUCAGCAACCCUUUCGUUACUAACGUUAAACAAAUGUUCACACCACCGAGGUUCAUCAGACCAAUACUACUACUAAACGGUUAUCAACCGUUGCCAUUGCAGCAGAGAACAGACUUCCUGCAACUCCUGAUGGAUGCGGGGGUGGAGGAGGGACAAGGCUGCCCUGGAAAACAUUCAGUUAGACGUCUAUCUACCGAUGAGAUAGUUGCCCAAGGGACGGUGUUCUACGUUGCUGGGUAUGAAGCAGUUUCUUCAACUCUGAACUUUGCCUCGCACUACCUGGCCACAAACCCGGAUGAGGAACCAAACUACGACAACAUAGGAAAACUGAAGUAUCUGGACAACGUCAUCACUGAGACGCUGAGAAUAUGUCCACCGGUUAUAGUAAUUACUCGCAGAGCGUCUGAGACUAUUCGAAUCAAGCAUGUGACAAUCCAUGAAGGUCAAACCGUCUUUAUCCCUGUGUUUGCUCUACAACGAGACCCUCAGCUUUUCAAGGAUCCAAAUGUAUUUAAACCAGAGAGGCACGAUGAAAAGUCAAAUCCACUCUCAUUCCUUGCUUUUGGAUAUGGGCCCCGAAUCUGCAUUGGGAUGCGGUUAGCCAGGGUGGAGAUGAAAAUAGCCCUGGUUCACGUCCUCAGGAGAGUCAAGUUUGAACGUAUGCCAAACACACAGAGAUCAACAGGAAGUAAAGAUGUGUCCCAUUUGCUUUGUUUACAGGAUGAAUUGGCAUUCAAGAAAAUCAACACCCUGAAACCGGCUGAAGAUAUUGUGCUGAGACUGUCCCACAGAUGCUAA